AUGGCGCAGAAAGCAGCGAAGACCUUAGCUACCCGCAAUUCAGCCCUGCUUACUCGCACCCACCUUAUCUCUGCGGCAUUGCAUAUCCUUUUCCUAUUCCUCCACCAGGUCUUCCAACGACCUCGCUCGCUGAAGCCUUAUUUUUUACUUGCAGUCCCUACGUUGGGGAUUGAAUACUACCUGGAUCGAGUUGGACGCCCGCGCUUCAAUGAAGAUGGCUCCUUGCGGUCCGCUGGUGAAGAUCUCAAUGCCACAGGCUUGACUGAGUACAUGUGGGAUAUCUUGUACUGGACCCAGGGCUGUAUCCUUGCUGUCUGUAUCUUCAAUGAUUGUGCUUGGUGGCUAUGGACAGUCGUUCCUCUCUACUCUGUUUACCUGGCUUACACCACAGUUAUGGGCGUGAAGAAGGGAUUUGGAGGCAUGGGUGGUGGUAAUGGGGCCGAGGGUGAUUAUGAGGGAGCCAAGAGCAAGAGAGAGAUGAAGAAGGAAAAGAGGGGUGAUCGGAUGAAGGUUCGGACUCGCUAA